CUAUACCACCUGUUAGUGCGCAAGUCAUGCAAGAUUUUCUUUAGUCGAUUACUGUAAACAUAAACAUUCAGAAAAUAUAUUAAUUAAAAUAUGUCACAAGAAACAAAAAAGUCAAAAAGAAAAGACGUGAAAAAGGAAAAGAUAAUGCAAGUUCAAAAUAAUGUGAAAGAAGUUGUAGAUACUAAUGCAAAUAAAAAUGACAAACCAAAAUUUGGACCUUCCAUAUCCUUCCCAUAUCAAAGAAUAUGGUCACGUUGUAUUCUAAUAAUUGGAGUUUUAUUUAUUGUAUGGUAUAACAGUAAACACGGUAAAGAGAUACAAUUAGCAAAACAGAAAGAUAUAUUGGUAAGCCGAACGCAAAAUGUAGAGUGUUCGGAAGAGUAUAAAAAUGAAUUAAAUAAAUUUUCUGGUUGUCUACCAGAAAAGUGUGGAAGGGUGGUGACAGAUAAAUUAGUUACUUCAACAGAAAGCGAUGUUCUGUUAAGGCUAGCAAUAAAUGGUAUGAGUCUCGGUGGUUCCAAUGGUGGUGUGACUAUCUUAGAUCUUCAUUCUGGUGCAUUAAGUAAAGGAUCUAAAUUCGUUAACAUAUAUGAACUAAAAGGAAAAAAUAAAAUAUUUAAUGCCGCAGAUUUUGCCAUUUAUAAAGUAGUUAAAACAAAGGUUCAACAUGCCAUAGCACAUAAUUUUGGCGUAGAUGUCGACAAGAUUUAUCUAACCAAACCAACUUUCUUUUCACAAAUGACUAAUGUACCAGCUAAAACUAUACACGAUGAAUACUGGCAUCCUCAUGUUGAUAAGGAAACAUACGAGUAUUUUCAUUACACUUCUUUAUUAUAUUUAAAUGAUUUUGAUAGAGAUUUCGAAGGGGGCAGGUUUAUGUUUAUUAACAAAAAUAAUGUUAAUAGCACUGUAGAACCACGAAAGGGUAGAGUAUUAAUGUUCACAUCUGGUAGUGAAAAUUUGCAUGCAGUUGAAAAAAUAAGUUCUGGAACUCGAUAUGCAUUGACUAUAUCUUUCACAUGUAAUAUGAACGAAGCAAUUUCUGAUCCAAGUUACCGUAAUAUAUUGAAAUAGAGUAUAUUAAAUCAUUUUUAUCUUUGAAUUCUUUGUCUCUAAUUCUAUAAGAGAGAUCUUAGGUACAAUUUCUGUUUCAUAAUAUUGGAAGAGUAAUUCGUCUGUUAUAUUUUCUAAGAUAUUAUUUACAGUUGGUUGGACUAGCAUCAUUCGUAUCAACGUUAUUAUUUUUAGAAUAUAUUUAAUAUUUUUAUGUAUCUAUAAUAAUUUUAUAUAAUUUGAUAUUACAACAUUUUAAGAAUUGAAACUGACUUCUUACAUUUA